AUGGCUUUACACUCGCGGUCUCUAAACUCGUUUGUUUACAAGAUUGACGCCUUUCUGUCACAUAUCAUUGUCUCUCAAGGUGAGGGGACGAUGUCAGACCCACCUGAUAGAACAAACGAUGUGCUCGACAUCUCGCAGUUCCUCAAUGUGUAUGUGUCAGUGGAUGAAGAUCCCCAGGCUGAACCACUGGAGAGCUGGGAGGAUGAUCCUCUACGGGACACAGGGGUUCAAGAGGAAGAAAGAGCGACGUGGAUUAAUGAGCAAGGGAAUUCAAGCAUACAAGCUGGAGACAUAAUUCUUGCAAAUGGGAAGAAGUGUCCAUACUGCUUUAGACUGGUUUCCCGAAACAAGAUGAGAGUCCACCUGAGAACUCACACUGGGGAAAGACCCUACGUUUGCGAAGUAUGUCACAAAAGUUUUGCCCGCUCUGACAAGCUAAGCACCCACAAAAGAAUUCACACCGGAGAGAAGCCUUAUAUCUGCUUCUGUGGGAAGAGGUUCAGCCGCAUUGACCACCUGAAGAUGCAUGCUACAACCCACAAUGUAAGUGAGAACCAGCGUGAUGCUCUAUUGGAAGAGGCUAAGCACCUGGACCUAGUAAGUAGAGGGCUUCCUUUGCCCUUCACAAGAGCUCCUCUGUACACAUGCCCUUACUGUCAUAUGCAGUUCAAUCAGACCUACAAGUAUAAUAGACACUUGAGAGUUCACACAGGAGAAAAGCCAUUUGCAUGCUUCUGUGGUGCACAGUAUGCUCGGUCUGAGAGGCUGCGGAAGCACCAGAUAGAAAGGCAUGGGCAUAAUUUCAACAAAGAAACCUUAUCUCAAUCCUUCCCACAAUCCAGUGAAAUCAUGAUUACACCAAUACCUGAAGUUACCUUAGAAGCAAUAGAAGAUCCUGUUAUAAGUCCUGUCAUUGUAAAAGAAGACCCAGUAAAGGAAGAACUCAUCUGUCAGCCAGCAUCUAGCAAGGAUGUGAUGGAAAGUAUCUCCAAGGAAAUUGUCAUUCAGAAAAUAGACACAGUAAGUAAUGAAGAUGCUGAUAAGCUGAAUCAGCCAAAAAGAAAACUCAUUAAACGGAAUGGCCUAUACUGCUGUGAAUAUUGCUCCAAAACCUUCAAGAAGGCCCAUAAGCUCAGUAUUCAUAGAAGAAGUCACACAGGAGAAAAGCCACACUCAUGUGAGUCCUGUGGUAAGGCAUUUGCUCGCAAGGACCACAUGCUGAAGCACAUGAAUAUACACCUGAAGAGAAGAAGAAAUUCGCUAUUCUUGAGAAGCGUAAAUCAGAAUUUGUGGACAGACAUGGAAUCUGUUAAUUUUCAGGAGAUAAAGAUUGAAAAUGAGGAAAUUGAAGAUCAGUUUGAGACACAGUGUGCCAAAAAAGUGGAAGAAAAGAUAUACUCCUGUGAAAUAUGUGGCCAUACAUUUAAAAAGGUGUACAACCUUCAGUCUCAUAUGGAGAUACAUAGUGACAGAACACUUUUUGAAUGCAGUGUAUGUAAUAAGCAGUUCAAAGUUAAAAAGAAUUAUGAAGCUCAUCUUCUGAAUCAUGAAGAAACAACUUCAGGCCUGAUGGAAAAGGCAGCAGAAAAUACAAAUCUUGAGAAAGCUAGAAAUCAGCGUGCUCAAUGCACAGUCUGUGGGAAGUGGGUUGUGUCACAGAGCAGCCUAGAGACCCACAUGAGAUCACAUACUGGUGAGCGUCCCUUCAAAUGUGACAGAUGCAAUAAUGCAUUUAUGCGAAAAGGUGACAUGUUACGCCACAUGAAGUCUCAUACUGGUGAAAAACCAUACGUGUGUCAUUACUGCUCUGCGACUUUCUCAAGAAAGGACAAACUUGCAUUCCACAUCAAGAGGCAUGAUGAAUCAAAUGAGACAAGUGUAUAAUUCAGAGUUUUAUAUGAGCUUCAUACCAGUGAGAUAUUGUUUUGUUUUGUAUAAAGAGAUGAGCAUUUUCUAUUAUAUUCAAAGUAUAUAAAAGAAAAGAAGAAAAAAGUUAUAUUAUAUUGUAAAAACUUUUUCACAGCCAGAAUAUUCAACAAAAGAAAAAAGAUUAAGAGCAAAAUCUAGUCACAUACAGUAAUAUGAGUUGCUUUGCCAAUUUCUCCCAACAUGAACCAUCCUUAGCUGUUGGAGUGCAAUUUUACUUGUUUUACAUAUAGAGAUGUAUAUUCUUCACAUGAUCAUAUAAGAUAAGUACUUAGGACUUUAUUUUUUCUUUGUGCCAUUCUAAUACUGAGUAAUAUUGAAAAAAAUAGGGAAUUCAAUUAACUUGGAAGAUGUUGUUUUUAUCGCAUUUUACUUGAAGUCGUUGGUUUUUAUCACAAGGUUUAAAUGAAUCUUUUUAUGGCACAGAUACAUUUUGUAAUUCUAAUUAAUCUAAAAUAGAUCUUAUCCAAUCCACAGGGUGCUUUACCCUCCCCACCCCCUGCUCUUCCAUAGUAGUUAAAUGUUUGCGUGUUUUUCCCAAAAGGUAAACUGAAAUUCCUAUGGUUGAUGUGGGUUCUUCAUGGGGUCUGGCAAAAAAUAAAUGAUAUAAAAUACAAGUACCAGUAUCAAACUCAGGCAUUGUGGAGUGUGUUGCAGAAAGUACAUAACGCUCCACUGAUGUGUCAGUUGUUAAAGAGUUCUGUAUGGUAUGUCUAUAAAAUGUAGUGUGAUAAGAAUAGCCAUUUGUAUGGGCAUUUAUGGGUAGUCACCAAUAUAUUAUUUGAUUUAUUCCUUAUAUAUGGCAUUGUAAAAUAUGUCAGUAUCAGAAAUAAUGUUAUGUAAAUGAUUUUUUAAAAUCUGUGUUAUAUAAAAGGUAUUGGAUAGGGAUAUUGUUAAGAGUAUAUCUUGUUUAUUGACAUUGUCUAUAUUCAGAUGGUUACAGGUUUUAGUAGAUAGUAAUGUUACCAAAUGUUGUUUUGUUACACUUUUUGUAUAGUUGUUGGUGUGUGGCAGUUACUUGAUGUAGGUGGAAGAGUUUUGCUCAAAUUCCCCUUUAGGCUGGUAAUGUGAUGCUGUUCUUUCUCCAGUAAAGAGAAAAUAUUAACCAGUGUAUGAUGACAUUCUUAGGAAAUAAUUCUAUUUUUUUCCUCAAAGCCACAUCCAACUGCACCUCACGUUCUUGAUAUCACAGUUUAUGAAUCCUUUUAUGCUUAACAGAAGACACUCUGCCAUGUAUAAUUAUAAAAAUAUGUGCUGCAUCUGAAUGUGUUGGUAGCAUGAAUGUAAUAAUACCUUUAAUGAAUAUUUUGCAAUAUAAUGAUAAAUUAAUAUUUUGUUCCUGUUGUUAAUUAAGUUUGAGAUUAGUUGUUUUACAGAGAUGGUUGAAGGGAAAUUUUAAGUAUUAUAUUGGUAAAUUCUAUUGAUUUUGUUUUGCAAGAUCAACUUCAGAUAUUAUGACUACUGUUUGUAUGAUUAAUUUAUGACACAUUACUUCACUGGUACUCAGAAUAACAUUCCAUUAACGCCAUUUUUUAUACUUCAGUACCAGGAAUUAUUUUGGUUAUAACAACAUAUUGUCAACAUAUGUAUUUCAGUUUCACAAUUUGUGACUUUGAUAGAAUUGUGAUGGUAUCACUCCUGUAUGGUCUUGGGAGGAGUUUUUAAAGAUUGUUGAAUAAUAAGAGUUGUUAUUUUCUUGAAAUCUGAAUAUUUAGGACUCUCAUUAUAUUUGUACUUGACUUAGGAUAUGCAAUUUUCAUAUCAAAACAAAGGAAAAAUAAGUUGAAAAAUAAAAUACACUGGGUAAUUUGCAACAAUUUUGGAGAGCAGUACGAGGGAGAAUGAAUAAUUCAAAUUGCCUUUUGAAAUUUAUCUGAUUCAGGAGAAUAAUUACACAUGGCAGUUUGUUGGUUACAUUCUGAGCUGGAGUUUGUUGAGCACAUACACAGAUAUGUUAAGAUAUGAGGUAUUUCAAAGUUGUAUGAAAGUAGUUAGCAAAUUUGUACAUAAUGGCACUUCAGGAAAGAACAAGUCGAGCAGUUAUCACUACUGCUUUGAAAGGUUGCUGUGAAAUAUUUUCAUAAGUGGUUUCCAUGCAUGCAAUAUUUCUCAUGGAUUAGUAUAUGGAGCAGAAGAAAUAAGUCUGUGUAAAACAUUUUCUGAGCAAAAUAUUUUGUAGAACAUGCACUUUGUAAAUUUCAUACAUUUAAUGACUUAUUUGGGAUAUUUAGAUAGAGUAAUGUUGUACAUUUCAUAGUCAGGAAAUGGACAGAUAUUUACAUAAAAAUGGAAUGUAAAUAAUAAAGAAAUAUGAUUGUUAUAUGAAAAAGUAUACUUUACUGUAGGUAUGUAGAUAAUGUAAGCACAUAAGAAAAGCAUAGUCAGUAUCCAUCUGUGUUUAGUAAUAUGUCUUGAUAUACAGAAAAAAAAACAUUCUGAAUGUACACUUGGCAUGUGAUAAAACUCAUAGAGACAAAAUAUAUUUAAAAGAUGA